UCAGUUGUAAUUCAGGUCUGAGUUGGGGAACAACUCUCGCGUCAUCGUUUUUAUUUCUUAAGGACGGUCAGGCUUGUGCUUGUUGCUGGGCUUUCGACAGAAUUACUUCUCACCCCGCACUAAUUUAAUGCACUACUUCGUAUAACUGUUCUAAGUUAUGCGUUGUCUUCAUUAAACGCGUGCUUUCGUUUUACCUCAGAGUGAGGUUAUGUAUUUAACUGGUGGAGACCAUAAAAUACUCACGAUAUAACCUGGUGGAGACCAUUUAAACUCAAAUAUUUACUGGUGGAGACCAUUAAAACUCUAAAACUUUUUUCUGGUGGAGACCAUUAAUACUUUUGAUGAAAUUAAGUCCGGAUGCUCCAACUUCCUAUAUGAAGAUUUAUAAAAUCGUUAAUUUAAUUUGGUGCUUUUGGCGUUAUUUUAUUAGUUUACGUAUUUUGUAACAUCUCUGUUGUUAAAACGGCUGUUUUAAUUUGCAAAACUUUUUUGUGGAGUGUGUCGUGUAAAAUAUUUUAAGCAAAAGAAUUAAAAGUUUAUUUACAUUUAUUAAAUACAAAUUUUUACUAAAACAUUAAGUAAAAAAUGAAGCUACGAUUUAAUUCUUUUGAUAUCGUAUGUGGAGUUACGGAAUUACAGUCGCUAGUCGGGCUGCGAGUUAACCAGAUCUAUGAUAUUGACAAUAAAACUUACCUUAUUCGGCUGCAAGGAGGUGGUGAAUCGAAAAAAAUGCUCCUUAUUGAGUCUGGUAUACGUUUUCACACAACCGCAUUUGAGUGGCCGAAAAAUGUUGCUCCAUCAGGGUUUAGCAUGAAAUUAAGAAAACACUUAAAAAACAAACGGCUCGAGAAGCUGCAACAGUUGGGUAUUGAUCGAAUUGUGGACUUUCAGUUUGGUAUUGGUGAAGCAGCUUAUCAUAUCAUUGUUGAGUUGUAUGAUCGCGGUAACAUUAUUCUAACGGACCAUGAGAUGACAAUUCUUUUUAUACUCCGUCCUCACCAUGAAGGUGAAGACAUUCGCUUUGCUGUUCGUGAAAAAUAUCCGGUCGAUCGGGCAAAACAACAGUCUUUAUUACCAAGUGAGGAUGAAUUGCGAAAUGUCAUAUUAUCUGGCCAGCCUGGAGAUAAUUUGAGACGUGUAAUUAUGCCAAUGGUGGAUUGUGGUCCCUCGGUCAUCGAGCACGUACUAAAAAAGCACAAUCUUGACACCUGUAUUGUCCCGGGAGGGAGUGGUUUGGAGAGUAAUAAUGAAGGCAGCUAUUUGGUUGGUGAGACGAAGAAAAAAUCGAAGAACAAAAAUAAAGGAGAUCACCAAAAGAAAUUCAUUUAUAGAGAAAUUAAUAUGGAAAAUGAUAUUAAAAAUUUGGUGUUAGCAUUACAGGAUAUAUCAGAAAUCAUGAAGGAAGCUCAACUAAAUGUUAGUAAAGGUUACAUAUUGCAGAAGAUGGAAGAGAAACCUUCAACUGAAGAAGGAAAAGAAGUUGAACAUUUUUAUCAAAAUAUUGAAUAUCAUCCAUAUAAGUUUUGUCAGCAUGACGGACUACCAAUUGCAGAAUUUGAAACUUUUAUGUUGGCAGUUGAUGAAUUUUAUUCGACACUUGAGGGUCAAAAAAUCGAUAUGAAAACACUGCAACAGGAGCGAGAGGCACUUAAAAAACUAUCGAAUGUAAAAAAAGAUCACGCUAAACGUAUUGAAGACCUAAACAAAGUGCAAGAAGGCGACAAGCAAAAAGCAGAGUUAAUAACAAUGAAUCAGGGUCUUGUUGAUAAUGCCAUACUGGCAAUCCGAUCCGCCAUUGCAAAUCAGAUGUCAUGGCCGGACAUACACGAAUUGGUAAAAGCAGCCCAAACAAAUGGUGACCCAGUUGCUGGUGCCAUUAAGCAAUUGAAAUUGGAAAUCAAUCAUAUUUCAUUGAAAUUAACUGAUCCCUAUGAUGCUGGUACAGAAGGUAUAGAAGAUGACAAUGAAAUAGGUAACAAUAGUAAACGCACGAUGAUAGUAGAUGUAGACCUGGCCUUAUCUGCUUGGGCUAAUGCGCGAAAAUACUAUGAUCAAAAGCGAUCAGCAGCUCAAAAAGAGCAGAAAACAAUUGAUGCUUCACAAAAAGCGUUGAAAUCAGCUGAGAGAAAAACGCAACAGACUCUUAAAGACGUCCGCACCAUUUCAACAAUUUCUAAAGCACGUAAGGUCUACUGGUUUGAAAAGUUUUAUUGGUUUAUUAGUUCUGAAAAUUAUCUUGUUAUUGGCGGCAGAGAUGCACAGCAAAAUGAACUUAUUGUUAAAAGAUACAUGCGUCCAAACGACAUUUACGUGCAUGCCGAGAUUCAGGGAGCAUCGAGUGUCGUUGUUCGAAACCCAACUGGGGGUGAUGUACCUCCAAAAACCUUGUUAGAAGCUGGUACUAUGGCUAUUUCAUACAGCGUUGCGUGGGAUGCAAAAGUUGUUACAAACGCUUAUUGGGUGCGCAGUGACCAAGUAAGCAAAACUGCUCCCACGGGUGAAUAUUUAGGUACAGGUAGCUUUAUGAUUCGUGGAAAGAAGAACUUUUUGCCAUCCUGUCAUUUAAUUAUGGGCCUUAGUUUGCUAUUUAAACUGGAAGACAGCUUUAUCGAAAAUCAUCGUGGAGAGCGGAAAGUACGAAGUUUUGAAGACGAACAAGAACACCAAGCCGAAAAUCAAUUGAAAAUAACAACUUUGGAGAACGAAAAGCUAGAUGAUAUUAUAGAAGUAGACGUUGACCUUGAAGGGAACAAUGACAAGAAUGAUGAUGAAGAUAUAAAAAAAGAACUUGAAAAUUUGACCCUACAGGAUGAUAUCGAAUUUCCAGAUACACAGGUUAAAGUUGAACACGAUACAGGACGGAUAUCUCUAAAAAAUCAAUUGAUAUCCUCCCAUCAGGUGUCAAAAGAAACUGAACAUGGCAAAAAUGUUGACAAAACUUCGGUUGAGGAAGAAGAAUCCACUAUUAUUCCUGCAGCUGCACCUCGUAGAAAACAACAACAAAAUUCUAAAAAACGCAAGGAAGAAAAAUAUCGUAAAUCUCAAAAAGAACAGGAUCAGAAACUUCAAAAACAACAGUUCACCGAUGAUAGUGAAAACAAGAACAAGUCUCAGAUAAUUAAACGUGGCCAAAAAGGCAAACUAAAAAAGAUUAAAGCCAAAUACAAGGAUCAAGAUGAGGAAGAACGACAAUUACGUAUGCAAAUUUUGAAAUCUGCUGGGAAAAUCAGUGAAGUUGCAGCUGAUUCGAAGCAAGAUGAGGAAAAUUCCUCAAUGACGAAUAUCAAAUUGAAACACCCAAGUGAACAGAAACAAAUGCAGGGAGAAGUGGAGGAUUUGGAUGACACACCAACUGGUGCUGAUGUUGAAAUGAUUGAUUCAUUGACUGGUCAACCAUUCGAUCAAGAUGAGUUGUUGUUUGUUAUACCAGUAGUUGCGCCUUAUCAGUCUCUUCAAAAUUACAAAUUUAAAGUUAAACUUACUCCUGGUACCGGAAAACGAGGUCGGGCAGCAAAAACAGCUCUCACUAUGUUUUCAAAGGACAAAUUGUGCACUCCAAGAGAAAGAGAUCUUCUAAAGAGUAUCCGAGAUGAAGCCUUAGCUCGUAACAUACCGGGAAAAGUAAAAUUGUCUGCUCCACAGUUACAGAAGUUCAAAAAAUAAUAUUAUUUUGUGGAUAUCUGUAGAAUAAAUUGCCUUUGUAAUGUAUAUUAAUGUAUUUGGAAUAUUGUAUAACAAUUCUAAAAUCAAGAAUAAA